AUGAGCGGCCUCACAGGAAAGGAGUUGAAAGGAGAAGGCAAGACCACGUCCCGCAAGGCUCGCAAGUCCGGUCGCGCUUUGGGCACUGCAACACCCUCCGGAUCUGAGCUGCUCCAUCGCGUCUUCAACCAGGAUGAUUUUGCAUAUCGAUCUGAGACCGAGGGUACCCCUCCUCAGACGCCUCCGAUCUCCUAUGAAGAUGACGAAUACAUCAUGUCCGGUCAAAUCACACCUGCAGAAGGCCUCAUGACGCCCGACGAUCGUGAAGCUGCAUCAGGGUCCGAUAUGGGGACAUGGGACCCGAAGAAGCUGGUUCAGGAGCUUCAGGACAAGAAGACAAAUCGUUCCGAGACGCGAGAAAUGUUGCUUGAGCAUUACAACAAGACCAUGCGGUCAAGCUACCACGAGGACAUGGAAACACUCAACACAAGCGAACUCAUCGACGCGUUUCUCCGCGGAGCGAACAGUAGCACCAAUGCGAAUGAGAGGUCGCUCAGCCUGCAAGCCUACUCGCUCACAAUCUGCACAGCGAAUCUGUCCCAGUCGGACAUGGCGUCGCGUCAGACGCUCAAGCAAAUCCUCGCCGACGACAGCAAUGAGGAGUGCAAGGUCCAGGCGCUGUACGCACUGACAUGCACCAUUGUGUAUUACGGUGCCGGCGAGGACGACAUUGUGGAGUGGCUUGACUUUAUUGUCGAGACGAUCCAAAGCAAUGGCGAUUCCAUAGGUGUGACUGGUAAAGACGGCGUCAUCACGGCGCUUUUCGAAUGCUGGGGCUUCGCCGCCACCUUUGCCAACAUCUGGUACCACGCCGAUUCCGCUAUGGAUGCAUUCGUGGAGAAGCUGGACAGCCCCGAUGUCGACACCCAGACCAGUGCGGCCGAGUGCAUUGCCUACAUCUUUGAAGCAUCGCGGGAGCACGAGCAGGAAGAGGGCGAGCCCUUUGAACUUCCGUACGACCCGAUCCGUGUCGCGUCCCGGAUCACAGACCUGUCCAAAGGCUCAUCGAAAUCCAAGUCAAAACAAGGCCGCAAGGAUCUCCGCGGAGGCCUUCGGAGCGUCAUCACGUCACUUGAAAAGGGGGUUGGGCCAUACUACUCCACCGCACAAUCACUCAGCACGAACAAGGAGCAAGGCUAUCGGUAUAAGCUGCGCAAACGCCAUCCGGCUUCGUCAAUGGGAUAUGUUGCUCUGGUAGAAACAUGGGAUACGUAUCUCCGCAUCGCGAUGUUGAAGAAGAUAUUUGGGGGCGGCAUGGAGAAGCAGCUGGAGCAGGAGAACCCGAUGGUGAAGGAGUGUUUGGAAGGCUUGGACUGGUCUUUUGUGACCAAAACUGACAGUCGCGUUGGGCAACAAGGCGGAUACAAUGAUGUUGAUGACUAUUAG